ACCACAUUUAUUUAAACCGUAAUUUGAAUCACUUUCGGCUAUCUGUAAAACCACCACCACAAACAAGAUGCAGACUGUUUCCGUCGCCCGUAAGCUUCCCGAGUUCCUUCCCAGUUUGGGUCUCCAGGAUCCCCAAACCCCCGCGGACCCGUGACGUCACUGCCCUGCGCCCCGCAGCCGCCGCCUUGCGCGGCGCUUCCGGCAACGAGAACGUGGGGGCGGAGCGGGGCGGCGUCACGGAGGCGCGCGCCGGAAGCUGGCCCGGCGGAAGUGGCGGGGCGGGGCGCGGGGGCGAUGGGGGGGCGGCGGCGGCGGCUGCCGGCGAUGAACAGCGGGAGCGCGUGAGCGGGCCGGCGAGCGAGGCUGGGGGGCCCGGGAGAGCGAGCCGCAGGGCGGAGGGCAGGGGCGCGAGCGCGGCGGGCGGCGGGCGGCGGCCUGGGCGCGGCGGCGGCCGAGAAGAUGGCGGACGGCGACAGCGGCAGCGAGCGCGGCGGUGGCGGGCCCGGCGGCUUCCAGCCCGCGUCCCGCGGCGGCGGCGAGCAGGAGACGCAGGAGCUGGCCUCGAAGCGGCUGGACAUCCAGAACAAACGGUUCUACCUAGAUGUGAAGCAGAACGCCAAAGGCCGCUUUCUCAAGAUCGCCGAGGUGGGCGCGGGCGGCUCCAAGAGCCGCCUCACGCUGUCCAUGGCGGUGGCCGCCGAGUUCCGUGACUACCUGGGCGACUUCAUCGAGCAUUACGCGCAGCUGGGGCCCAGCAGCCCGGAGCAAGUGGCAGCGGCGGCGGGCGCCGAGGAGGGCGGUGGGCCGCGGCGCGCGCUCAAGAGCGAGUUCCUGGUGCGCGAGAACCGCAAGUACUACCUGGACCUCAAGGAAAACCAGCGCGGCCGCUUCCUGCGCAUCCGCCAGACGGUCAACCGCGGCGGCGGUGGCCCGGGACCCGGUGGCCUGCAGAGCGGCCAGACCAUUGCGCUGCCCGCGCAGGGCCUCAUAGAGUUCCGCGACGCGUUGGCCAAGCUCAUCGACGACUACGGCGGCGAGGAUGACGAGCUGGCGGGGGGCCCGGGCGGCGGCGCCGGAGGCCCUGGGGGCGGCCUGUACGGGGAGCUCCCAGAAGGCACUUCCAUCACGGUAGACUCCAAGCGUUUCUUCUUCGACGUGGGCUGUAACAAGUACGGAGUGUUCCUGCGUGUGAGCGAGGUGAAGCCGUCCUACCGCAACGCCAUCACGGUCCCUUUCAAGGCCUGGGGCAAGUUCGGGGGCGCGUUUUGCCGAUAUGCGGAUGAGAUGAAAGAGAUCCAGGAACGGCAGAGGGAUAAGCUUUAUGAGCGACGCGGCGGAGACGAGUCAGAGGGAGAGGAGGUGGAUGAGGAUUGAAACGCGCGGCUUCCUCCCUUACGGGCCUCCCCACCCCACCACCGUCUCCUUGGCUAGAGAACUCCCCUUCCUGUUCAUCCCCAUUGAGCUAGUGGAGGGGAAGCAAGGGAGGCCCCGGAGGGGGAAAACAAAAUUUUAAAUAAUAUAGUUAAUUAAGAGAAAUAACCAUAAGAGAACAGUCAGGACAAUUAGAGAAAAGCAGUAAAGUUCCAAGGAAUUGACAGUAAUCUGCAAAGAGAGGACAACAGCGUCUCCUCACCUGAGCAGAAGUCUCAGCUUCUCUUCCUUCCCAGCUAAGGUUCCUAAAUCCAUCAGGAUAACCCUGGAUGGGAUAGAUCCUUGCACGCUGGCCAAGGAACACCUCAUCAGUUACCCAGACCCGUUGAUGACAGCUCAAUUUGUGUUAUAUUUGGGUAACUUGAUCUAAAGAUCUUUCUAGACCUCAUUGUUGUAGUGUCUAUCCCUUCACCUCCAUUGAAAUCAGCGUUUUGGAUCUAGAUCUUCAUGGAAUUCUUGUGAAGAGAGAGGCCUUUGCAGUUACCCAGUCCUGAGGGUACAAGUUUCAUGAAAAGGAAUGCAACUUUACAUAAUCAUAGACAGGGCAAAAUAAGAAUUAAAGAAGCCACCAGGGACAGAAACAAAUUGGAUCCAUUUUUAAAUGGUUUUGCAUAGAACCUGGACCAAGGCCCAUGUCUUGUCUUUGCAGAAUUAUUUUCCGGGAUGCAAAUGGAUUCAGAUGUCAAUCCUUGAACUAGAAUCCCUUACUAUAAUGUUUUGGAAGUUGGCAGAUAUUUUUCAAAGAUAAAAGCAGUUUUACAUUGGGGGUUGCUGAGGUAGGCACAAUAAGAAAUCAGGCAUAAAGCACAAGGAAAACUGUUUGAGUGGAUUGGUUGCUGCUCACUAAAGUUUUUCCCCGAUCUCCAAAUAUGGAGGUCAUGGCUUAGAUAUGAAUGAGAGCCAGAUACCCGUGGCUCCACCGUGUGAGCCAGUGAAUUAUGGCUAAUUCGGCUGUUUCGGCCACUGGUUGGCUGGAUUUUAAACCAUAAAACUUGGACAUCUUUACAAAAGGAACAUUGUGGCUACAAGCCUGAGCUUUAAUGGAAUAUAAGUCCACACAGAAAAGUUGAAAGUAACCAAAACUGAAGUCAUCUACCUUCAGUUUAAUCUGUGGAUUUGUUCAAAUACUAAAGAUCCUCAGGUCCAGAAUUCCAGCAUCAUUUAUUCUUUUAAAAUAAAUUUUUAAGAACUUGGUCCAUUGUAUCAGUACCUCACAAUCAAAGUUGGCAAAUGAUGGAUGAGUGAUUCAAGCAGCGUGCCCUUUGAAGCUGAAAUCCAUUUGAAUGGAGCUGAAAUGAACGUGAAUAUGCUGACUAUAUCCUGGAAGCAUUUUUAUACCAUCUUGAAAUUUCAACAAACUGGCUUUUGCCAGUUUAUCCAGCUGUCUUUCAAGAAUAAAAGUUGGGGUUUUCAAGGAUCGCCUCUUCUAUAUUUUAAAUGGAUUUUCAGUAUGAUUUUUACUAAUCAAGUUAAUCCCACCCCAUCAAAAGGUAUUCCUAGAAGUGUCAUAGACCUAGGUAACUUUGAAUUGAAUGGGAGCUAAUGGUCUUUCCAAAGUUUUCAGGUAUACUUUGUGCGACACCUUCUCAACAAGGAGGCAAGUAACCCCACCUCCACAAUCUUAGUUUCGUUUUUUUUUAAACUGCAUGCCUGCCCUUUAUUUGAGCUGCCUUUUAAUUUAUUGCAUACCUUUUUAUUAUCUUAUUUUGGUAUUAUUCAACCUACAAUCUUUUUGUAUUUAUUGGGAAAUAAGUAAUAUACAAAAAGGUCGUUUUCAUGAAUUGUGGCUGAGAGGGAGGGAAUAAUUGUGUAUAUAAAAUUAGGCUUUUUUAAAAAAUUAGAUUUGAUUCAGAAUAUCAUUGAUGUUAGAUUUUUUUGUUUUUGUUUUUAAAAAGUGGAAGAGCCACAAACAUUGGUGCCCUUUUCAGACUAUUUCUCUACUCAUCAUCCACAGUAGACUUUUUAAACAGAUUUUUUUUAAGCUUUUCUUUUUUAAAAAAAAAUUUUCUCCGUUGCAAAGAAUGUUUCCUAAAUUGUAUGGGAGCAAUAGUAUUUUUGAUGUUUUAAUGACAUCUGUAUACUUGUACUGUAUUUUGUACUACAAGGCAGCUGUUUUCAAUAAUGUCCUGCUGUAUUUACCUAUGUGUUUUGAGUGUUUAUUUCUUUGCUGCGGAGAACAAAUCCCUAAAUAGUUUUAGUAAAGGGGCUGAGAAGAUAGCAUUAUUAGGUUUGCAUAAACUGUUUAUAAGUUUCAAACUCUGAGGCAGCAAUGAAGAUUAAAGUUGCAGCUCUUAGUUGAUUGCUGUAACUUUUUCAUUUUCAAAACAUGUAUAAUUCCUGUAUAGACCAACUUGUUUUCCUGCUUCAGUGGUGGUUCUAUUGCUCAGCUGCAGUGAGCCAGUUCAAUUUUGCAAAGGUGCAGUACCUCUCCUUUUUAAGGGGUUGGUUUAUUCUUUUUUCUUUUCUUUUUGUUUGGCUGAAUUGCAGUAACUAGCCUUGCCUUUCUACUCUGUAGAAAUGACAGGGUCUUCACAAUCCUUCACCAGUGGCUACUAAGCUAUAAUUAGCUGAAUAGAAAGAAUGUGGAAGUGGUCUGAGGCAUAUAGAGUAUAUGCCAAGAACACUACCAUAUAUGGCAUCAGCUUUGGUUACCAGAGAAAUUUUCUUAGUCAUUAGACCAUAUAACAGUAAUAUAUCAUAUGUAAAUCUUUAGAUAUCAAUUUGAGAAUCCUCCAAAAAAAGGAGCAAAGAAUGCAUAAGCUAUGUGUUGGAAAAAGUAAUUUAUAUUAAAAUUUUGACCUGCCUAUGUAAGAUUAAAUGGUAAAUGUCAUAGUGGUGGGUUUUUAAGUCUUAACCAAUCUCAAAGGUUUGUUUCUCCUGCAGGGGGUGGUUCAUGGCCUCUCUUCUCACUGCAGGAAGAUUACAGGAGGAUGUGGAUUAAUUGUAGCAUUCACUGAUCCUCAUUCAGUACUAGGGACAAUAGAAAUCUGCAAAGCACAGACUACACUUUCGGUGUGUGCUUUGUUAAACAAAGUGAUAUUAACAGGCUGGCUUUCAGAACUCAUUCAUAAAUACUGCCUAUUAAAGGAAAUGAUCUUUGUUAAUUCCAGUCAGAAAAUAGCAUUAUACACACUAUGGGAAAGCAAUUUUGUGUUUUGUCUUUCAGCCACUACUAUGAACAGUGAUUUAGGACUGUUUUUCAACUUUGGCAAACAUCCCAGCUGAUCAUGUGUUCAAAACAGUCAUAUUCCUGAGAAGUAGGAAACUAAAAUUCUUUUUCGGAGAAUUGGUAGAAUGUCUGUUUCUCAAACUGCUGCAGACACAAGAAAUUUUAAGAACAAAAUCAAAGGAUCAAAAAUUUGUGAUGAGAUACUACUCUUGCCUUCUGGUUUCUAUUGUCCCUACCUUUCAUUCAAGUAGAAUGGCAGUUCUAGUCAGCAAAGAAAGUUUUCAGUGCAUAUGCUGCACAGUACACAGUGUAAGUCUGUAUGGCACCAAAAAUCAAAGUGAAAACCAAACCAAAAACCCAGACACCCUAUGUUACUAUGGGAGGCAUGCAGGUGGUAUAAAUGACUGUAGCUGUGAUACACACAUGGCUACUCGUCAAGUCACUUUCCAUAAUUAUUUACUGCAAAAUGAUUGAGGCUUUGGUGCAGGCAGGCUGUUAACCUAUUGCUUCCCUGUUACCUCUCUAUCACUUUGCAAUAAAUUGCAGGUCUUUUAAGAGAUUCAAGCUUCAGUUUUCUCAAAAAACAAAACAAUUAUCCUGACUUAUCUGAAAAUGCAGGGUUGUGGGCAAAAGAGGCUGGUUAUAAUAAUGCCCUCAUAUUGAGUGGUCUGUAAAUGGCUGCACACUUCAGGCACUAUAGUUGCUGAGAAUGCUUUGUUAAAUGUGACCUUGACUGGCUUUACAGGGGGUAGAAUGUGCUCUCCACAAGGUAUUAAAAGGUAACUACCCAUUUGUGUCUACCUUGCUCUUGAGGUGGAUGAACUUGAGAAGCUUGAGUGUGUAAGCCAUGCACAUAGGUAUUCUUCACUGUAAAUUUUGUUUUCAUUUUUAACCCAGUUAUGGUACUUUGUCCAAUGCACAGCUGAUCUCUCAGUAGAUAUUCAUUUGAGAAUAGUGUGGCCUUGAUCUGUGAGAAGGGGAAGGAGAGAAGUGACUUUUUGCUUAUGUAAAAAUGACUCUUUGUCGAGAGGCAUUCUGUAGCACUCUUGGUAUCUAAUGUGGUCGGUCUCCUUGUUUAUUGGGGAAAGUUAAUGUUUUUGACCCUGGAGUUAUUAAUUCAAUUGAGUUGUCUUCUAUUUUUAGGAAGUAUCAGAAUUGCUCUGAUAAGUAAGAAAGUAGACUGCUUUGAUGUACAAUCUCAGGUUUUAGAAUACAUAUAGUGGUGUAAAAUUCCACUGUUAACUCUUAAAACAAUUUUAAUUUAGUAUACCCUAAAAGUCACCUGCAUAAGGCCUGUUCAAAGAGCAGCGCCUCCCAUCUUUUUGCUCCUUUUCCAUUUUGUACUUCACUUGAGAAAGUGUCAAGUGAUUUUUUUCCUUGUAUAUUUCCAUUUUAGCCCUGACAUAUUUCUCAAAGAUAAAGCACUUUUUGAUCAUGAAAUACAUGGAAUCUGUGUGUGAUGUGGAUCAUGGUUUCUCAGGCUCCCCUAGAUAAUUUGCUUUUGAAUAUUGUUUUAACUCUGUAUAAGAAAAGUAGAAAUCUUUGCUAAUGUUAGAAAGUUUGUAUUACUGAUCUAGAAUGCAUUUUGCUAGUUUCCAAUGGACGGGAGAGUAAACAAUGCUGCAUUCACAAUUUAAUAAGUUACUUUCCCUUGAGCCUUAAGGUAACUUUUUUUUUCUGUCAAUACGGCACUGAAGUUACAGUAAAUGAAUGAAAUUGCCAGUUUUCAGGGUUGGUUUUAGAGUACUGUAAAUCGAUUAGGUGUCUUCCUAAACAGUUACUAUUCCCGUUGAAUAAACUGGAUAAUGGGGCGGGGGGGCGGGUGGUGAUUGUUUGUAGAAAAAGAAAAAAAGAACCACAUUUACCUAAAAAAUAUAUGUAUAGACACACAAAAGUACAUGACAGUGCCCAUUUGGAAUUCCAGGCAUAAGGUGGAAAUGGACAUUAUCACCUCAUUUCCCCUGUUUUUAAUCUAGAAAAACAAAGUCAUUAAUUUUCAAAUGGUAACACCCAGAAGCUUCAAGAGAGAGUGGACUGUUGAAUGAUGACUUCUCUUGAUAUGUUUACCUGCUAUUCAGUUAAAGUCGCUGUUCGCAGCCCUCAGUCUUAAAACUUAGUUUCAUUACUGAUGGAUUUAACAGACUCUUAUUUAAUAAAUGUGGUCCAAUUGUCAGGAUGAAAAUUAAAUUUGAAAAAUACUGCGUCAUGAAGACAUUAGUAAUUUCUAGAUAUCUAGAAAUUGAUAUCUAGUUGAUAUCUGUACCCCGAUCCAAGUUAAGACCUUUAUGAAUGUAUUUUAUAUUUCCUAAUGAAAUAGGGAAUAUGCCAUCAAUGUUAUCGCCUUUAUUUGCAACCUUUUACUCUUCAUUUGAAAAUUAACUCAUGCCUCUUGAAUUAGACAUUGCAAUGGGGAUAGGUAAAGCUAUGUUAAAAUAACAGCAAAUGCUGUAUUGGUAGUGUCACUGCUUAGUAGGACUUCUAAUUACAGCCUCCUGUAAAAAGCUUUAUUUGAUGCAGAAAUGUUAUUUUUUUCCAUAGGUGAUUCUAACAUGGUUUGAUAAAAGAAUAUGACUGUACUUUAUUAACAUGGAAUUUUGAGUCUAGGAGCAAAUUUCAUUUUCCCCAUAUUAUAUAUAUAAAAUGCCUACUGACAUGGAUAAGAGAGGGCUGAUCAUACCUUUAGUGUGAUGAAAUGUGGGCCCAGAGUAUUGGAGAGAAAGCAAUAAACCUAUCCAAGUUCAUUGUCCACUAGCAUGUUGAAGAAGACAUGAGUUUGUCUUUUUUUUUUUUUUCUUCCCUACUUCAAAGACAUCAGUGAGUAAAUCUUUCAAGAAAAUUUAUGUAGAUUGUCUCAUUUCUUAAACUCAUCCCCAUUCUUGCCCUAUAUUACAAGAUCAAGCUGGCUCAAAAAGUCUUUAUUAUACAUAUUUGGAAGUAGAGUGGCAAGUGGUAGAUUUCUUCCCUUUUAAAAUUCCUUUUUCAAGGACAUACAUAACUGCAGGUAGAGAAAUAAAAUUGAAAAACAGAAACAUUUGUAGAAAUUUGAGAGUUGCAUCUUAAACUGUUCAGAUAUGAGGCAUAAACCCUUUUCUCCUAGCCCACAUGUCACUUCUGUUUCAAAAGCUGCCUGUAUUCCUAGAAGCUAAUAGAUUGGGCAGAAGUCCAGAAACUGAUUUUAAAUAAGUACAGGGCAUAUUUGAGAGCUGUGCAUGUUACAGUAGCAGGCAAGUAAAUUUGAGUUUUUUCCCACUGAUUAUCAAUAAUUGGAAUAAUAACUGUGGUUAUCAGUAUAUUUGGGUUUCUCUUUUUCUAAAGUUCUAAAAUGAUUAGUAUUUAUUCUGUCUUGCACCUCUAUGCAGAUGUUUUUCCAAGUCCAUUUUUUGAAGUCUGUCUAUUUUCUGACAUAUUUCCAAAUAACACACUUUCUAUAGUAACCUUCACUGCCAGUCAGAUCUACCAGGGGCUUCCUUAGACUAGAUGAUUCUUCAUUCCAAAGUUGGGACUGAUGUCCUGCCCAUAGAGAAUCUACAGACAUAAUUAGAAUGAAUUAAAACCAAAUCUUGAUAGCAGGAGACAGAGCUUCCUGAUCUAGAUGUACAACUAGAGUUUAGGUUGGAAGUUACUUUAAAGAGGGUUUUUUGGGAUGUCUUCAGUCUCUGUAAAUAUCCAAAUGCUUGUGCAUUGUAAACCAAGUGUGUACUCCUAUGUAUGAAUUUGUAGAACUGAUUUCUGCUUCAAGAGAAGCUGCACCUUUAAUUUUAUAAGGUCCCCUCCACCUGUUACCCUAUAAAUAUUUGUAAAUAGAACACUAAAAUUUGUAGUGAUAGGAUCAAUUUGGGAAUAUCUGCUGAGAGACCAAAAAGUUCAUUUUUUUAAGUACCUUGGUUAAAGAGUAAAGAUUAUUCCUCUUAUUUUUUAAAAGAAGAAUGCACUUUAACAAACACAGCUGCAUGGGCAAUUCAAACAAAUCCGUGAAGUGCAGUACCCAUUCAGAACUCAUACUUCCUGGAAACCAUUCAAAAGCAUAGUCUAGACGGGCUGUUGAUCUCACUGCCUGGAGGUUGAAGCUGAUUCCGGUCAAUUUUGAGACGAGCAGGGCUGCUUCAAAAGAACAAUGUGAAUACAGCCAAAAGCUUCAGUCAGUCUGUAAAAUGGCGGGUCCCGUAUUUACCACUAACUAGCAAAACUGACAGAAAAACUCAUAGAGAAAAAAGAAUCCUUACUGCUGGUGUGCACUCCUUACAAUAACAGACUUUUGCAAAUGGAGUUUUACAGUCUAUAUUUAAAAAAUUGUAUGUUUGUAACAAAUAAAGUAUGCGGAAACGUGAA